GGCUUUGUGGUCGCACCUGGGAAACUUCCUUCCACUGCCCCCAACCUCUCCACCUCUUUUCUCCUUCGAGUCUUCCUUAAUUGCUUUCUUCCCCCACACUCUUCCUCGCGCCAACCUCUCCUUGGUUUGCUUCCCGCUUGCAAACUGCAAGCAGAGAGAGAGAGAGAGAGAGAGAGAGAGAGAGAGAGAGAUUAAGUCGCUUCUUGUGAUCUCCAUUGCCGACCACAUCGCUCCUCUCCUCAUUUCUCAUGCGUACAAGUCAUCUCCAAAUCCCACACUCUUCCUCUUUUGUCCCUUCUUCCCGCUUUCCAUCUCCCUUUCCCUUUUAAACCCCUUUUCCUCCUCUCUCCCCCACUUCCAACACCUCCCAUCUCCCACAAUGGCCUCUUCUCCCUCUUCUCCUUCUUAAUUAUCACUCGAAAGUUUCGACCUUUCCUGUUUAAUCCCAUAAAAGAGAAUUUUUCCACUCAGAUUCGUCAUUCUUCUGUCUAAAGUUUCCAACUUUACGUUGAAUUGAAGCAUUUCGAUAGAUAAAAAUCUCUCCUUUAUCUCUCUAUCGACUGAAGGUUGGAUUUUUGGGUUGGAUAGAAAUCUUAGAUCUCGACCGAUAUGGGCGGUCAGCUCAGCACUGGAACGGCGCCAGUCCUCAACGUCGAUGGUGGCGGCGCCACCAGCGCCUCCGCCGGGGGCGGCGCCGCCUUCGGCGGCCACAACGGUAUGGAGUACUUGGCCGAGCUGAGCUCCUACGAAACGGCAUGCCGCCUGGAUCCGGAGCUCCGGUCCUUCGACUCCACUCUCCAGGAGCGCACCAGCCACGUCAUCUCCACCCUCGCCCACGGCGUGGAGGUCCGCUCCCUCUCCUUUGACUCCCUCAGGGCGGUCACUGGGUGCCUCCUCGAGAUGAACGAAGAGGUGGUCAAGGUCAUCCUCGAGGGCAAGGAGGACAUCUGGAAGAACCCCGAGCUCUUCAAGCUCGUCGAGGAGUACUUUGAGAACAGCCUCCAGACCCUAGACUUCUGCACCGCCCUCGAGAAGUGCCUCAAUAAGGCCCGGGACAGCCAAUUGAUCAUCCAUGUUGCCCUCCAGCGCUUCGAGGAAGAGGAGGAGGAGGUGGUGGAAGAAGACUGCAAGAAGAAGUAUUUAAGGACUAUAGAGGAAUUGAGGCACUUCAAGGCUGCCGGCGAUCCUUUUACAGAGGAAUUCUUCCAGGUGUUUCAGUCGGUCUCUAGGCAGCAGCAGUCGAUGCUCGAGAAGAUAAAGCAGCGGAAGAACAAGCUCGACAAGAAGCUGAAAUCAAUCAAGGCAUGGAGGAAGGUCUCGAGUAUAAUUUUCAUGGCCGCCUUCGCCACCCUUAUUAUUUGCUCGGUGGUGACCGCUGUAGUGGCUGCACCACAUGUUGCUGCAGCUUUGGCUGCUGCAGCCUCCAUUCCUGUGGGGUCGAUGGGAAAAUGGAUCGACUCAUUGUUCAAGGGCUACCAGCAGGCAGUGGAAGGGCAAAAGGAGAUUCUGAGCUCCAUGCAGGUGCGCACCUACAUUGUUAUAAAGGACUUGGAUAGCAUCCGUGUGCUCGUCGAUUGCUUGGAGGCUCAGAUUAAUAUGCUGUUGGAUAAUGCUGACUUCGCCCUCAGGGAUGAGGAGGCAGUUAAGUUUGGAAUUCAGGAGAUCAAGGAGAAGCUGGAGGUGUUUACGAAGAGCAUCGAGGAUUUGCGUCAGCAAGCAGACCGGUGCAGCAGAGAUAUAGGGAAGGCAAGGACCGUUGUCUUGCAGAAGAUUAUUAGGUAUCCAAAUUGAAUUGAGGAGCCUACCUGAAACUGAGUAGUCUUAACUGAUCUCGUGAACACCACCUUCCUUUCAGAAAUACAGCUGAGGAUGGAGGCCCAUGCUGCUUGUAAGAGUAAUAAUGUGGGGUGUGGGGUCCUUGGAAGCUUGCCAAAAUUCCAGAAGCAAAGAGAACUGCGAGGAAAAGACCCUAUUACACAAGCCAUGAUGGAUGAUCACUUUUAUGCUUUCCAAGCUCUCAUAUUUGUUCUGUAUGACCUGUAUUAUUUUUCCUUUUUUAAGUUCUCACUUCUGCCAGUUUUUAGGAUUAACUCUGAAAUAGGCUGCAUUCUAACUUCUGCAUUGGCUUCAUUUUUACAGCAAGAUUGUACUAUAAUGAGGUUUCACCUAAUAAUAAGUAUGAUAUAGGAGAGAUGUUGAAAGAAUGAUAACAAAUUGGUAUUUAUCCGUGA